UGUGCAUUGCUCACAGUCGGUCUCUUUUCAACGCAGCGGAAGAAUAUUUCAUCCCGCGGACUUCUUUCUUGUAUCUGUGAGGUGGACUUCACGCAAGGCCACCUUUCUACCUUGAAAUCAUGCAGAUUCGAGGAUUACGCCAAGGGAGUUUUCGUCCCAAAAUAGCUGCCAUGCUUGGGGUGGUGAUGUUUUGCCUAGCAGUGGCAAGCGGAUCCACUCUUCCAUGCAGCCGCCAGCUCCUGAUAACAACAAACGGCGACGUCGAGCUGCACUACGCCUGCAAUUCUCCCGGGAUGACGCAAGUCCCGUCGAUUCCUGACAACGACAAAACCCACACUGUCUCCCUUUCGCUGCGGAGAAACGGCUUGCGAUUCCUGCUUCCAAACUCAUUCCAGGGCUUGGUGAAUCUGCGCCAUCUGGAUCUUGAAGACAACAACAUUCUUGGUCUUGUGGACGGUGUGCUUGAUCCUCUGGUCAACGUCGAAAGGAUCGACUUCUCAACCAACAAAAUAAGCUACAUCACUCAAGGUGCUUUUGCUAAGAAUACGAAGCUGCGUACCUUGAAUUUGGAUAGUAAUCUGCUAAAGAGGAUUAUUCCAAACACGUUCCAAAGCCUUCCUUCAAAUGCAUACAUCGAACUGAGUGAUAACCCACUGGUGCAGGAUCAUCUGCUGUGCAAGGGCCUGUACUACGGCAACAAGCAGUUCACGUAUAACUUGAAUUGGAUACUGGAGAGGGACUUUCUACUCGGUGGAAAUAUCACGUCACUCUGUAGUCAGCCAUGCAAUGAGUGGAGACCGGCUUACAUGAACGUGUGUCCUGAUGCUUUCUGCCGAGGAACGUUGGCCAACCACGUGUGCGUCAAAACACACUUCGAUCAAGCACUGGCAAGUGCGUGCCCACAAACAUCUUCCGUACUCAAAAUGGUCAGCAGCAAAGAAGUCAAUUUCCCGGACGCGAAGCAGCAAUGCCAAAUCAUCAGUGGCAGUCUCCCAAGUUGGCAAGAAUUUAUCUAUGGCUGCCCGCAGCGGCUUCUUGCCAAGGUCCGUAGUCACUUGAAUCUGCACUACACGCCUGUCGCAUGGCUGGAUCAGAUGGAUCCUUACGGAACUGCGUAUGCCACGAACAGAUUGACAUACUUUCCAAACGCCAGGAAAAUCUAUUACAUAUGUUCAGUACACAUGCCUUAGUAUAAGGGGUGAAACAAUUAUGCCGAAUAUUGGAAUACUCGUUUGGAUUUUUCAAAUAAAAUCGUACUCGGAAUAAAUCAGA